UACCGUGGGUGUACAAGAUGGUCACUGACAAGAGUGGACAAGGCAGGAGACGUACCGUCUGUCUGUCUGACUGGCUGGCUGGCUUGCUUGUCUGCCUGCCCAUAUCGAUCACGGCACAGUAGGCCAGCUGCAGUAUCUCCACCGAUACAAACACAUCCAUUCCCACAACCAAACGCCCUUCAGUCAAUGGCCAUGGGAACACGACACCCUCAUGAUGCAUACCUUGCUCUCUCUCCCUCCCCCUUCCCCUCCUUCCACCACCACACAUGUCACAUGGACAAUAACCGCCCUGUCCCCCCCUCCCUCCCUCCCUCCCCUUGCUCCCAUAGCGCCCAUCACCAUGGCGUCUUGAGCAGGUGGGUGCAUCGGUCGGUCGUCUGCACCUGUUGCCGCACCUUGGCGGCGGGGAGUUGAGGGCGGGGCGGCUUUCUUGCGCCGCAAGACGCACACCCCACCCGCAACGCCCGCCGCAAGCGCUGCCACCAGGUCUUCCACUCCCUGGGGUAGGUGUUGUAGUUAAUGUCAUCGUCCUCCUUCGAGCGGCGGCUGGGGGGGAGGAUCCUUGCCGGCGUGGGGGUGGCCUUUGGCGGCUGCUGUGGGGCUGCAGGCAAAGAAGACACCACAUCAUUGGCCACAUGAUUGGAUGCAUUUUUCCCUGCCCUACUCAGCCCAUCACUGUCUAUCUGUCAUGCCCUCACCUUUGGCGUCGUCGUCAAUCCCCUCGUCGAUCCACAGCUCGAGGCUGUGAGUGGUGAAUGCUGCGAUGAACAGGCAGGAACAAAGAGAACAACUUCGUGCGUCCUUCAAGUCUGUGUCUCUCUCCGUGUGUACUGAUAAGUGGCCGCUGUUCUCACCGCGCUCCGUCAACUCGGCCGUCUUCUCGGGACGAUCCUCGAUCGACAGGCGGCAGCAGCUCUCGAUCUCUGUAGCGAUGAACAACAGACAGGGACGGAAUCCUCCAACUUGAUCUAUCUCAUCUCUCUGUCUCUCCCUCUUUCCGUUCCCUGACCUCGCUCGCCCAGCUCCGACAGCAGAGCGUCCAUGUCGCGCAGGUCCAUCCCCGAGGCCUCCCCCCCUGAGACCUCGGGGAUGGACUCCAAACUCCCCGUCUGCUGCAGCAGCAGGCUGGAUGACCGGCCGUGGGGGGCUGCCGUCGAAGCGACGGACGCGCGCCGGUCGUUGAGGGCCGUGGCUGCCUUCCCGCCCGUCUUCCCUCCCUCCCCCUCCCCUUCCCCAGCACGCGCGGCCAGCGCCUCAGGUCUCUCGGUCUCGGCCAUGAUUCUGACGAAACACACACAUGGAGGAGAUGACUGGAUGGAGGGAGGAAUACACUGUCGUGGCGUCGGAGUGCGGAUGGACUG